CCUUGGAGUGAAUACUGAAUACUGAACCCCACUAGUCCCACGUGGUCAUCACUCGCCGCGCCGCCGCCGCCGCCGCCGCCAGCGAUGGCGCGCCGCCUCUUCUGCGCCACGAGAGCACUCCUCCUUCCCCCCGCCCCAGCUCCCGCGCCGGCGCCCACCUCCGCAUCUUCUGCAGCGGCGGCGGAAGCGGCAGCCUCGCUCCUGCCACUGCUCCCCUGCAAGCGGCGAAAGAAGCUCCUGAGGAAGCUCAACAGCCCACGGGUCGCGCCCAUCGAGCCGGAGGCCGCGCGUCGCGUUCCGGCCCUAGACGCCGUGCUCGACCGCGAUACGGCCUUCCGCUUCCUCCACCGCGCGCGCUCGUUCCUGGCUUCCCUCCCGCCUCCGCACCGGAUCCCCCUUUCCGAGGCCGGCAAGCUGUACCGCGAGCUCGGCUUCCCCCGCGGCCGCAAAGUGUCGCGCUCCGCUACGCGCCACCCGUUGCUGUUCCACCUCCCCGUCGUGGGCUCCGUCCCGCACCUCGCGCUCACGCCGUUCAUGUGCUCGCUCCUCGAGGAAGAGCGCCGCAUCCACGACGACCUCCUCCCGUCGCGGGUGCGCGCAGUCCGGAAGCUCCUCAUGCUCACGGCCCACCGCCGCGUGCCGCUCGCGAAGCUCCACCACUGCCGCGCUGUGCUCGGCCUCCCCGAUGACUUCCGCGACCGCGUCCACGACUUCCCUGACGACUUCCGCGUCGUAGUCGACCCCAGGGACGGCCGCCACUUCCUCGAGCUCGCGCGCUGGGACCCUGCGCUCGCCGUCAGUGCUCUGGAGCGCGAUUUUGUCGUGGACGAGCGCCGCGUCCGGCGCACGUUCCGCUUCGCCGUCCCACACCGCCGGUUGAUGCCGCUUGACGCCGAGGACGCCGACCGCCUCGACACGGCGACCACGUUCCCGCUUGUCUCACCGUACACAAACGGUGCGCUGCUCAAGCCAUGGACGCCCGAAGCGGAAAAGUACCGCGUCGGGGUGGUGCACGAGUUCCUCAGCCUGACACUGGAGAAGCGCGCGAUGAUCCACCACAUCGUCGAGUUCAAGGAGGAAUUUGGCCUCACGCGGCACAUGUACGAGUCGUUGCAGAAGCAGAACCGCGCUUUCUACCUGGCCGGCACAGAGAUGAACUGGGCCUUAUUCCUCAGGGCAGCGUAUCACGAAAAUGGGGAGCUCAAGGAGAAGGAUCCCCUCGUGCUAUUCAAUGAGAAGCUGCAGCGAUAUGCAUGUAUGAGCAAGAUGGAUUCCAGAGAGACCAUGAUUGAUGCUGCAGGUUUGACUGAAUAAAGUCAGAUCUCAGUUUGCUGGCUUACCUUCUGCAUCUCUUGUGCUGCCGCCAGAAUUCAAAUGUGCUUAUUUUCAUUGAGUUUCGAGGAGAAUUGCGGGAUUGGAAGUAGAUUGUGAGAAUUGAAGAGAAAGGGAGGUUCAGGAGGGAGGAACGACAGCCCUUGGGUUGUCCGCCCUAGGAGGAGUGAGGAGGGACAGCAGCUUGAUCGCGAGUGACAUGGACGCCAGGGUAUAGGGUUUUACCCCUUACUUCUUUCUUGUUAUAAUUCAAGCUGAUAAGGGGGAUCUACAAAUAGAAGAGACAUGACUUCUCUACUACUAUACAGCACCGAAUGGCAGUGGUGAAGCCAGAGCAAAUUAGAGGAUGGUUGAUGAGGUACCCCUAUCGCCAGUCUGUGUCACUCUGAAGAUCAUGUUGCCGGAGGAGCAGCCCUCAUUGAGCCGCAGCUGCAUCUGUUGCCGGCUGUCAAUCAUAGACUGGAUCGGCGCAUCAGAUCGGACGCCGCCAUGCUGGUCCAUUGGAACGAACUGUGCCUGGACUCAGACACCAGUAGCCAGUAUGGUCAGCCAAGGAAAUGCUGGCUCAACCUCACCACCAUUCACAUUUUCUGUGAUCGGUGCAGACGGCAACUAGUGAUUGCGUUGCACACAGAGGAUGCCCAACGUCACAGCCUGACUACUAAGCGGAUGAACCAAUGGUUGAUCACAUUGAACUUUAGAUUUGUGCAAUGGAUUUCUGCCACAUCAAGAUCGAUACUGGCAACUCGAUUGAUAAGACUGCCUGCGUGAAUAAUGGUAGGAUCAUGAAGUGAGAUCAAGCUCUUAAGGACAGAUAUCACCAUGGGAUUGUUCCUACUCCUAACGACCUGCAGUUCGCACCAUUGCGCAGGCAAGAAUACAUCUCAGAGAGCCUGGAGGGUGGGAGUUAUCUGUUGUGCACUGAACCUGAAAGCAUUACAUGUAGUUGUUAGGCAGAUGUGGUGAUGUCUUGCUGAACUUACUGCUGUACUGGUUGUUUUCGAUUUGAAUCGCAAGUUAAAAUAUUGGCUUUGUGGUUGGGAAAAAAAAACAUGCGGUGUGCGGCAUGAUUGCUUCAGGAGCUGUGAUGCCUUUGGAAACUAGGAAGCUCACCUUUGUUUUCAGAAUGGAACCACGCAGGCUGGUAUUGGAGAGAUUCGAAGCUUUGGUGACCAGGCCGGAGCUGAUCUGAUGGACGACAGGUACAUGGUGCCGGGUGAACAGAUCUUCUGAAUGAAGGCGCUUGUGGCUUCGUGGAGUGCUUUCAGUCUUUCACUCAUUCCCUGUCUCUGUUGUGUUAUGUGGGGUUGGGGUGAUGUUAUGAGAACCCGUUUGUCAUACUUCUCCAUAUACCAAGAUAUAAGGCUCGAUUUUGCUUGGUGCGAUCUUUAAGAUCACAAGCCAAUAA